AUGUGGAAAAACUUUAAGAGUAUUGCUACAGAAGCUAUAGAAGCUGCUCGUGACAUCAGAGAGCACAUAGUUGAUGUCACUAGUGGAGAUGUUAUAUCAGAACCCCCAAUUACAGUUGAAGAAGAACACGUCGCAGACACAGAUAUCGAAAACCCUUAUAAGUUUCGAGCCAUUCAUGCUGAGCAGCAACUCGAAAAAGCACUUUUACUUCUCUCCAUAAUGAGCCCAAGCAAAGUUAAAAAAAUAAAUUAUUUUUAUAAUGCUAUAUUUUUUACGUAAAUAAUUAUUAUAUUUCCAACUAAUUUUAAACGGUUUUCAUUCUAAUACGAAAACUUAAUCAAUUUGAAUUUUUUGGAAAAAAUAAUUUUUAAGAUAUAUAGAAUUUAGAGGCAAAAUAUUUUGAGGGAUAAGUUAGAAAAAUCCAAGUUCAUAAAACAGCAUGAAGACUUAAAAAAGGCAUUCGAAGAAGAAAAAUCCUUAUGAGAGUCUGAAAAACAAAGUUUGACAGAAAUCAUCUGUUCUCAAGACAUCGCUUUAUCAAGCAAAGACCGAGAAAUGGAAUGACAGUCCCAGCACUAUGAAAGCCAAAUCCAAGAGCUCACUCGAGCUAAAAACAAAGCAUUUCGUGAGCUAGAAUCUUCUUCCUCCACAAAUGCAAGUAUAGAAAAGCUCGUUGAAGAAAAAAGUAAGCUAAAAGAAAAAAUCGACCUUUAUGAAGAUACAAUUGCCAAGCUUAAAAAAACAAAUGAUGAUCUAUAUAGUAAUUGCCCGAGGAUGGCGCUAUCUUGCGCCAUCCUCGGGCAAUUCAAAAAUGGCCCCACACCGGGAAUUGAACCCACGUGUGGGGCCAUUUUUGGUUAGUGGAGAACAUCGACUUCCACGCACCAAAAAUGGCCCCACACGUGGGUUCGAUUCCGGUGUGGGGCCAUUUUUAAAUUGCCCGAAGAUGGCGCAAGAUAGCGCCAUCCUCGGGCAAUUACAAUACUUAUUAAUAAUAAGUAUAAUCAUUCCUUCUCUUAGUCAUUAUCUAUUAUUAUAUAAUAAAUAAAAAAGUUAGCCUAUAGCAAUGCUUAUUAUCCUUAUAAUAGAAUAAGAAACGACGUUUCUGACCUAAAAUUGAAAUGGGAGGAUGAAAAAAAACUUGAUGAUGAUAGAAUUAGUCGAGCCUUUUUUAUACAGUUUUUAUCUUCAUUUAAUAGAAAUAUUGGAGAUUUUCAAGCGAGAAAAGAUAUGCUGGCAAGCUUAGUUGGGAUACUGCAACUGACUAAUGAGAGAGAGAUAGAUUAUAGGGGGCCCCAGGGGAUUAUUCCAGCCCCUACCCUUACACGGAAUAGCUUCGCGCUCCAGUGGCGUUAAGCACUAAUCCCAGCUAACGCCCUUUUCUGAUGACGUCAUCAAAAAUGGUGACGUCGACAUCUUUCGGGGAGACUCACCCGAACCUGCUUGGACCAAAAAACUUCAGCAAAGACUCUCUUAACCCCUGUUAGUGCUCAGGGUAUGAGGGAAACGUCCGAUGCCUCCUCCUGGAACUACCUCUGCCAUUUAUAGGCAAUAUAAUGCUCCUCCAGAAGUACCUGCUUGGCAUUGCGCCGUCGGUCUUUCGUCUGUGGGUCGAGGAGAGGCCCAGUUAGCCCAAGCCUGCUCCCACCCCGGAAACCACACCCCCAUCCGACUCCGUGGCCCUUCGGGGUCACCAUUUUGUUAAGUGACCCCGAAUUUCGGAACUUCCUGUUUUUCUGUCGGACUGCGGCCUUCGCCAUCAUGGAAGGCGUAAUUUCUACUGACUAAUGAAGAAAAAGAAAUGCUUGGGAUUGAAAAUAAAUCAAAACAAAAAAUUCCAAUAGAAUCCACAGAAAGAUUUGACACUGAUUUUUCUCUGUUAGACAAGUUUACAAGCUUUUUGUCUGGCAAACAGUAA